AUGAUUGAAAUCGAAGAAGCAAAAAAAAUCAAUACUUAUGAGUUAGGAUAUUAUCCUAAAUAUCCUAUAAUUACAUAUAAAGAAGUAAAAAAUAAUAUCACACAACGAACCUUUAAUUAUUUUAUAGAAACUGAAGGAUUUUAUCCUAAAAUUUCUGAACUUUGUUAUACUUUACCUCCUAAAAAGUAUCCAAUUCCUGAUAACCUUUCUAUAAAAAAAACUACAUGGGGAAAUAAAAUUAAAUAUAAAAAUGGAAAUCCGGAAUUUCAAAUUUUAUUUGGUUCAGAUUUUGAACAUUUUUUUAUCUGGACCAUUACUAUUUGGAUUACAACUUCAAAACUUAGAGAAUCCCGAGUUAAGCAAAAUUUGAUUAAACCUGCAGAACAAUAUUCACAAUCAUCACUUAAUAAUCGCGCAAAAGAAAUAGGGACGAUAAUUAAAAAGGAAUUUAUUCAAAGUGCAAAAUUCAUUUAUCAUAAUCAGGAUUCU